GUACAAUCUUAUGUUUAUACAACAAACUUUCCCCCCUCAUCCACCAUCAUGCCAUUCGCAGUCCGUUAUCCCCCUUCUCCCUCUGAGACUUCUCUCGCUACCUCCAUAUUCGAAACCACUCCUGCAAAGUCUGUCUCGGAAGAGGAGGCUCAUCUAGCCAGGUCGGCGAAAUGGCAAUUCUCCACCCUUUGCGCUUCGGUCGAUAACAAGGAUCAGUAUGGUUCUAGCGCUGUCCCUAUAUAUCAAACCGCGACUUUCAAAGGUAUGGAUGGACCGUAUGACUACACUCGCUCCGGUAAUCCCACCAGAGGAGCUCUUGAAGCGCAUCUAGCCAAGUUGUAUGGCGCACAUGCUUGCUACGCUCUAUCCACGGGCAUGACAUGUCUGGAUGUCAUCCUGAGAUUGGUCAAACCAGGGGAAACCGUGUUGGCAGGUGACGAUCUGUAUGGGGGUACUAAUCGUCUCUUGACUUACAUCGGUACACAUGGUGGAGUCGACGUCAGGCACGUUGACACCACUCGGUUGGACGAAUUGGAACCUCAUCUUGGCCCAGGAAACAAAGUCAAGAUGGUUCUGCUGGAAUCCCCAACCAACCCCUUAUUGAAGAUCGCCGAUAUCCCCACCAUCUGCGCCGCGGUCAAAGCCGCAGCUCCUUCAGCCCUUAUCGUCGUCGACAACACGAUGAUGUCUCCUUACCUUCAACGUCCCCUCAACCUCGGAGCUGACAUAGUUUACGACUCUGGUACAAAGUACCUAUCUGGUCACCACGACUUGAUGGCAGGUAUCAUCGCAGUCGGUGAGCCUGAAGUCGCUAAAAGUAUCGCGUUCCUUAUCAACGCCGUCGGCUGCGGUCUGGCACCAUUCGACUGUUUCCUUCUUUUGCGAGGAAUCAAGACCAUGUCGGUCAGGAUGGAUCGACAGAUCGCCACUGCCGAACUCGUGGCGCUUUAUCUACACGAGCUCGGAUUUCUCGUUCAUUAUCCCGGUUUGAAGAGCCAUCCAAAGCGGGACAUACAUUACAAACAAGCUACGGGCGCCGGAGCAGUGUUGAGUUUCACGACCGGGGAUAAGUCACUCAGUGAGAAAGUUGUAGGCAGUGCUAGAUUAUGGGGUAUCAGCGUUUCCUUCGGAGCUGUCAAUAGUUUGAUUAGCAUGCCGUGUCUCAUGUCUCAUGCUUCCAUAUCGGCAGCUGUCAGAGCCGAACGCGGCUUGCCUGAGGAUUUGAUCCGUUUAUGUGUCGGUAUAGAAGACCCUCGAGAUCUCAUCGAUGAUCUCGAGCAUUCACUUUUCGCAGGAGGCGCCAUAGUGCCUGAUCUAUCACAUCCUACUCUCUCCCACCCGCGCAUGGCAAAUCUGUACGAACUAGGUCGCGAACAUCGAGAACACUGGGUUAUUGAACGAGCUCGUGCAUACAAGAGAUCACUACCGGAAAAUGCUAUACAGAAGCUUGUGGACGGUGUCAAGCGUGGUCUUGGUUUUUCAAGUAUACCGCGUAAACAACUGGCCAACGAGAUCACGGUAUCUGCCCCAGGCAAAGUUAUCCUCUUUGGCGAGCAUGCCGUCGUACAUGGAGUGACCGCCAUCGCGUCCAGCGUGGACCUUCGUUGUUAUGCGGUACUCACUCCACGGUCUGAUCACAAGAUCGCUCUCGAGGCGUCAGACUCUAGUAUCGAAUUGGAAUGGGAUAUAUCGGCUUUACCUUGGAAUCUGCUUCCUCUAGGUGGCGAUCGUGGCAAGAAAGAAGCGGACAAAGAGUUAGAUUCUGCUCUUUUACACUCGAUCGAAGCUCUGGUCGAGGAUUUAAAUGUGAACAAGACGGGGAAAGGCGCGAGUGUCACUUUAUUGUACACUUACAUGCUCAUGGCGGGUAAUGACGUCAAUGCGCCCGGUGUCACUCUCACCGUUUCAUCUACCCUUCCCAUCGGUGCCGGCUUAGGAUCAUCGGCCGCUUAUUCCACUUGCGUAUCUACAUCCCUUCUCCUUGCCCACUCUUACAUCGAUCCUCCUAAGAACGGUUUUGAUCCAGCUACGAGAGAUGUGGUGGACAGUUGGGCAUUCCUGUGCGAGAAGAUCUUGCAUGGGAAUCCGAGCGGAAUAGAUAAUGCCGUAUCGGUCAGAGGUGGAGCGGUCGCUUUCACUCGUGCUAUGGGAGGGCGGGCUGGUGGCUUGGAGGGCCUUCAUGGAUUCUCAUCCAUUCGUCUUCUCCUCACCAACACGCUAGUUCCUAGAGACACAAAGUCUCUCGUUGCCCGGGUUUCCGCCAAGCGUUUGGCCGAACCUGAAGUCGUUGACCCAAUCUUGAAAUCCAUUCAGACCAUCUCUGACGAAGCCAAGACUCUUCUAUCCGGAAAGUCCGACGUUGGUCGACAGGCCCUCGUGCUCCGACUGGAGACUCUCAUCAGAGAGAAUCAAGUUUACUUGACCCAACUUGGUGUCUCGCACCCUUCGUUGGAGAUGAUCGUCGCUGCAACAAAUGGUGAACCAUUCAACCUAGCUACAAAAUUGACAGGAGCAGGUGGUGGAGGCUGCGCAUUGACUCUCAUUCCUGAUGGCUUCCCCGAAACCUCUCUCCAAGCCCUCAUGGAAGAUCUCACCAAUCUUGGCUUUCAACCACAUCUCACUACUCUAGGCGGGUCAGGCGUAGGGUUCCUCCUCUCGCCCACAUCGGAUGAAAGAAUAAAAUCGGAUACUGGGGAGGGUAUGACAAUACCUAAACGGUCCGGUUUGAGGGAUGCGGGAUCCGAUGGGUUGGCAAAUUGGGCGGAGAGUCUAGGUACAUGGGUGUACUAGGUUUUUCUUCUCUCCGAAGUUGCGACAUCUAUGUUCCAUCAUUGUUUAGGGUCAUAGAUAUUUCCUGUGACAUACGAUUUCAGUUACGGUUGUAAAUGUCAACGAAUGCAUGGUGUCCAGCAACUGUC